AUGGCUAGUCUAUUUGGUAAAUCCUGUCAACUGCCUAACUUCGGCAAGAGUGGAGGAGACUUACCACAAGCGAGGAAGGUGGACCAGCCCGAUAACAAAUUCAAGAACACAGUCAAGCAGAACUUUCCAAGAGGACAACGAAAAUCUCUGGGUGUGGCUCAGUUAAUGCUGGGAAUAUUUUUCGUCUCAUUUGGUGUUCCAUUAUUUCAGAGCCGCAUGUCGAUUGCAGCUACCAUAGCUAUACCUUGGUGGGGUGGAGGAUUGUUCAUGGUCUCAGGAGCCAUUUCAAUCUAUGCUGAAAGAAAACUGAACUCCAUCACUCUCAGGUGCAGUGCUGUGUUUAACUUGUUGAGUGCAGCCACUAGCUUCUGUACUUUUGUGUUAUUAACCGUGGAUCUACGGACCUGGGUUCCUCGGAUUCACCAAAGCUACACAGGCAAACCUCAACUACUGGAAGCUCACUUCAGUAUGAGGGUCAUUUUAAUCCUGUUUGCACUGUUGGAGCUGUCAAUAUCAAUCACUGUUGCGGUCAUUGGAUGGAACAAAGUAUGGGACUGUCAUAAAAAUACUGAAGAGCUGCCGGAGAACUCUCGCGAUCGGAGUAACACUUAUGAAACCCUGAAUGUCAAAGAUACAACCUACACUUCCAUGAGAGCUAUCAAAUCAUCGGAAGUCUCUGCAGUUUAA